AUGAUCAGAAACGGAGUGCGCGCACUGCGAACGGCACGGCCGGUGGUGAGGCGAGGACUUGUGGCCGCGAGUCCAUCACUGCUUGCGCGGCAGCUUGCGCCCCAGAGCCAGCCCCGUUAUGCGUAUACAACCUCGGCGACGACGUCGGCGACCCAAGCCGCAGCCAAGGACCCGUCGAAUCCUAACAACCUCUUGACGCCGGAGGAGUGUGAGUCCGUGCUGUAUAACCCAGCCCUCGUCAUCCUCGUGCCUCUCCUCACCCUCCACACACCCCCCCCCUCCCCCCCGCCUCUCCUCACCCUCCCCACCUCGUUGACCGCAGGCGAGGCGCUCCUCACAGCCCCCGGAAGUCCGUACGAGCUAGAGAUCCGCGAGGUCAACGGGCGCAACUUGAAAGUAUGGAAACACACCCCGCACGACUUUGCGACCUUUAUCCGGGGGAACAUGGAACGGUGGUCGACCAACGAGUUCCUGAGCACCCCCAUCGCCGCUCCCGAGCCAUUCGAAGCCCGCGAGAGUGUGACUUUUGGGGAAGCGUAUGACCAGGCUGCCAGCAUCGCUGCGCUUCUCCGCGAACGCGGGAUUGGGGUGGGCGACCGCGUCGCCAUCGGCGGCGUCAACUCGGCCGGAUGGGUCGUGUCGUGUCUUGGAGUGCAGUUGCUCGGCGCCGUGCCCGUGCUCCUGAACAAUGGGUUGGUGGGAGAUAGUCAGGCCCACUGCCUGAAACUUACCAAGCCCAAGAUUGUUCUUGUGGACGAUAAACUCGCCGCGAUGAUUGGGACCGAGAAGAUCGAGGGCGUCGGUCCGGUAUGGUGUUGGGGUCCGACCGCACAUCUGUCAAAGGAAGUACAGGCGGCGGUUACAGAAAUCGCGAGUAUGAGCCCCAGGCCGGAGACAGUGGCUAGUGUCAAGGCCGGGGAGGGACUCGAGUCCCUCGGACCAGAGAGCGAUUCCAUCGUCUUCUUCACUUCCGGCACGACUUCUUUACCUAAAGCCGUGCUCGUGACCCAGCAGCAGGCACUGCAUAUCAUUCACUCGUCGACUUACCAGAACGCUCGGACCACCCUGCGCCUAGGUGCACCCGUCCAAGACGCUCUCAAGGCGUACGACCCGAAACCAGAGGGCGUGGCCAUGCUCUCCAUCCCCCUCUUCCACGUACAGGGGAUGCUUACGUGGCUAAUGGUUGCGCUUCACAAUGGCUCCAAACUCGUUUUCCUUCGACACUGGUCCGUUCCAACAGCCGUAAAGCUCAUGGUCGAGCAUAAGGUCGGGCGAAUUGGUGGCGUUCCAGCCAUUCCCGCCGCUAUUCUCGCAUCGCCAGACUUGCCCGCCGACUUUGAGCUUGCAAGCACGACAUAUGGUGGUGCCACGCCUCCAUCGGAUCUCGCACAGAGGCUGGUUCAACGGUGGCCGAAGAUGCAGCCCGGUACGGGGUGGGGAAUGACCGAGACAAGCGCUUUCCACACUGGUUUCAACGGACAGGAAUACCUCGCCAAGCCCCAUGGCGCGGGUCAGGCCCUACCUGUGACGGAGAUUAAAGUAGUCGAUCCCAAAACGAAGAAGGACCUCCCCGCUGGAGAGGUGGGUCUCCUCCUCGCCCGCGGACAGAACAUUAUGAAGGAGUAUGUCGACAACCCCAAGGCGACGGCUGAGACAAUUGACGCGGACGGAUGGCUCGACACUGGCGACCUCGCGUUUAUUGACAAGUUUGGGGACUUGCACAUGUCUGAUCGCGUCAAGGACAUUAUUAUCCGUGGCGGCGAGAACAUCCCUUCUGCAGAGGUCGAGCGGGUUCUUCUCGAGGACCCACGGAUCGCCGAGGCGUCCGCCGUCAGCGUGCCCUGUGAUAUCAUGGGCGAGCGGGUUGGGGCGGCCGUCAGCCUUGCACCUGGUGUUAACAAGGACGAGGCGACGCCGCUCAGCAUUGUCCAGACUGCUUGGCCCAAACUCCGUUACUGCGCUCGGCCCGACAUUGUCAUGGUCCUUGAUCAGCUGCCAUGGAACCCUAGCCAGAAGGUGCUCAAGGGCGAGGUCAAGAAGAUCCUCGGUGCAGAGUGGGAGCGCGUCGAACGCAAGCCUCUUGUCAACAGCCGUGAUGCCACGGCACGGCAAUGA